GGCACGAACCUUACAAUGUCUCCCGCCUCUUCUCUCACCAAAAAAAUGAGCCCCAAUUUUCUUUUCUCAUUUCCCUUCUCAAUACCCCAAAACCAAAAUCCCCAUUUCUCAGUAGAGGUGCAUUUGGGUUUCCCAAAUCCUAAUUUCUCUCAUUUCCCCAAAUCCCUAAAACUCAUUUUCCCCCAAAUUACUCUGCUGCCUCAUGCACGCCGUUGGAUGCUCACCCCGCCUGUGAAGGUUCUCUCUCCUUCAUCUCUCUAAGAUCUUGAGAAUGUCGCUCGCCCAUUACAGCUUCAAGAAGUAGCGGCUGUUUGAGCCAUUUUCAGUCACCGACCUAAUCUCUACUCCUCAAUCUGAUCCCUAAACAUGCCAUUACCAAACUCAUUGGACUCUCAUCUUGGACCGCUCACCGUCUCAACUCGUCCAGCUUAACAGGCUUUCCAAUUCUGAUUUAGGAAUCGUUGAGCUAACUUUGAACAGACCUGAGAGGAGAAAUGCCAUUGGGAGGGAUUUUCUGAGAGGGUUUAUAUAGUCUCUUGAAGUUGUCAGUAAGGAUUCCUCUGCUAAUGUGGUUUUGAUUCGUAGUUUGGUUCCGAAGGUGUUUUGUGCUAGUAAGGGAAACAAAAACCCAUUUUUGUUAUUAAUUUAUACAAGUUGAUUUGUUUCAAUUUAAUUUCAUAUACGAUUCUUAAUUGAAGAAAUGAGAUUAGGAAGUGUCAUGUGGAGAUUUGAGAGGCUUUCAAUUGUGGAACUCAUAUUAUUGUAGGUACACCCCCAUGCAAAUUGUUCAUAUUAUUUGCAAUUUCAUGAGAAUAUGGUCAAUUUAUUCUCUGUACCGAUACUUGUUUCACACAGGCGCUUCUGUUGUUCUUUUUUCUCUUCACUUGUCUGGUCCCAUCAUCCAUCCUAUUUCUUGGUUUGCAAAAGCCUUGGAAGGGUAGACCGCUCUCAAAUACACAAGUUCUUUGAAUUUGUUACCUUUAUCAGAAUAUGCAUGAAAGAAUAUCAGCUUAUAUGAUUGUUGUUGUACAUAUAUCUUAGUAUAUUUACUGUUUUCCAGGUAGUACCGUCUAUAAUAAAUGGUGGCAUAACGGCUUUAUACUUCGUUUUAUUGGGAAAAGGUCUUAAAUCUUCUGGACCUCUUAGGCAGUUUCAUCUCGAACAAAUUUUCAUGCUACCAUUUCAUGGGGCUGUUCUUAUCAGCUAUUUAAACUACCCUGCCUUCUGUUUCGAUACUGGAAGUCUCUUUUUCCAUCUCUAUUUUGUUUUUGCAUUUCACUCUCAUUCUCUCUAUUUUAGUCUCUUUCCCAUAUUCCUUUUCAUUCUUUAUAACAUAAUUGUCGAAUAGAUGUAUAUAUUUGUGAUUUCAUGUUCUGGAUUUAGAGAAAGUUGGAAGUUUUACCAUAGUUUUUCUUUUAUUUGCAAAUUUGGUGUUCUUAUAUUUUUUUAGUCAUUCCAAGUUUUUGGUUUUGUUGCUUCUUUUUAAUCAGUAAUAUAUAUUUUGAUUUGGUGUUUGAAAUAUAUUUGAUGAUCUUAUAUAUGUAAUCAAUAAGGAAUGGUCUAAAAUUUAAACACUAUAUAUAUAUAUAUCCAUAAUGCGUGUGUAUAUAUAUUCUACUAGAAACCCAAUUGUUUUUAGACUCAAAGACUUUCACCUCUUUCCCUAAUACGAUCUUAACCCUAACAUUCUCUCUCAUUCUCAUUGAGCAACGAAAGGAGAACAAGCUUCACUUUUUCCAUGUCUCUGUUACUGAAAGUUAAUAUCUUGCCUCUUGUGAUACACUGGACGACUGGAGUAGGUCUAUUGUUGUAUUGGUAACUCCUAUUAAACUCACUGAUAGGUAAUUCUUAGUGUUGUUCUGUUUUGAUAAAUGUUCCUUGCAUAUAUUACUCCAUUUCGGUAUUGCACUCUAACUGUCUAAUUUAUUUAACUGAGUUACUUGGUGGAUCAAUUGCAUUUUCUAUUGGAUCGAAUAGAAGACUAGUGAGUGGUGGUUCUUUCUAUCUAUUUAUCUGAAAACCCAACAAUGAGUAGUCAUCUUCUUUUAUAUAUUUCUUAACUUCUUUUUUUCAAUUUAUUUUUUCUAUAAUAAUGUUUUUUUUUUCUUUUCAAAUGUACAUGAUUCUCUUUCCUUUAGGUAUGAUUUUCCUUAAUUUUCAUAAGAAAGCAUUAUUUUUCUUUAUAUAUAUGUAAUUUAAUUUGUUCUUAUUCAUAUAUGGAUUUGGGAAAUAUUAUGAUUGAGCUUUUUCUUUUUUUCUUUUUUAAAUAUAAUCAAUGAAAUUGUUGUUUUGAAUCAGUUCUAAGGUCUAACAUGAUCUUUGUCAACCUCUGAAAUUUAUUGAGCACUGCGUCGUACACAAAUUUUUAAAGGGAUUCCUUAUUUUGAGUUUUUAUUUUCAGAUCUACCUGAUUUGGUAGUGAGUGAAGAUGAGUUUUUCUAUACGCCUCAUGCUAUCGGGCCCCCUUCCGAGUCCAAGCAUUUGUAUUGAAAGGUUACAACUCUCACGCCUUAUGGGUGUUUAUCGUUUACUCUAUUUCUUAUAUCAAAUCUGCUAAUCUUUUUAUACACACUGAUUUUUUUUUUAUAGUCAUUGGGUCGUGUAUCACUAUAAUAUAUAUUGUGUAUAUAUAAAUAAAUUAGCAAGGUGAUUCUAUCCUCUCGGUUCUCUGUUCGCACCUUUCUUUCCUCACUUAUUUUGUUCUUACUUUGAUAUAAGUUUAGGUUCAUAUUUUAAAUUAUUUGAAUAUGGCAGUUUUAAUUAAUAAUAGUCCUUAUGGAUGGUUACUUAUGGAAGUAUACUUGACUUUGAUUUUAUCAUUUGACUAUUAAGACUAUGGAAGUUUUAUUGCUAGCAUCAUGGGAAUAUGGUUGUAGCUUAUUUUUCAACAGUUUACUACAACAUGGGAUUUGUUGUGUGUCAUCCACAAUGAUGUCUCCUAGUUAAGUACUGAUACUUUACAAGGAUGAUUGGCCUAGCUGCUGAUUAUUGUCCAAGAUUCAUUCCAUAAUUAAGACAGAAAAUGCUAAAGAAGCUAAGCAAACAAUUACGUGGCGAGGAUUGGAAUUGGAACAACCUAAACACAUUAUGUUGGCCAAUAGGGUCUAUAUUUGGGUUUGAUUAUGACUGUAUUGAUUCUUUAUUGCUUCUCCAUAGUUAUCUUUAGUUGAUAUUUAUGAAAUGGGUUAUCUUUAUUGAUUAUAAUUGCUUGGGUUAUAUGUCAACCUUUAGAAGACCUUGAUUGGAUAUGGAUACAGAUUGUUCAAUGAUUGCUUAUAUUGAAUCUUUUUUCUUUGUAUAUUUUACUAUAAUGGCUCUGCAACAUCACCAUAAUCUAGCUCAUCCUAUUGUAAAUUAUGAAAAUUUGGUUACAUUGGAGCCCUAGAAGCUCUCAAGAUAUUUAUUAUAUUCUUAGUUUUGUAAAUUGUUACAAGCUCCAUUGAUAAGAUCUAGAUAAUAUAUUGUGUGCUUGUGCUUGAUUAUUUGUAUUUCUGAACACUGCUGACCUAGUGUUUUUCACACUCAAAUUUUUCUAUAAAUGUUUAUAUUAUUAAGUCUUCCAAAGUAUCCAAUGGAGUUCUAUUCUAAGAUAAGAACUCAUAUGGUUCUUUCCUAUCAUUAUCUUCUAGUACUUAUAUACUAACAUAUGCUCUCCCGUGUCAGGUUGGAUCUGUUGCUGUGUUUGUAAUGAGGCAUAGAGGCCAGGUUGGAGGGGGCAGAAGUCAGUUACAUCAUAUAGUGAAUGUAAUUGCUCUAAAUAUGGUUAUUGGCUGAGGGAUUUCAGAAACUAUAAAUAGACCCACUCAAUACCAAGCUUGCUCGCCCAAAAUGGUCACCAUUUGCUUCAUGGAUAAUUGGCUGUGGGCAAUCACAAUAAGUGUAGAUUUUUCACUUGCACAGCUUAUUCAAGUGAUCAUUCUCCUUAGCACUGGUGGAAAAACUGGUGGUGGAUAUGAGUCCUCAAAGUACUCAGUCAUUGCUUUCCAUGGAGGAAUUUUGCUUCUUCAUGCUAUCACAAACAGUCUUCCCAUAUCUUGGUUAUCUUUCUUUGGACAGUUGGCUGCUGCAUGGAAUAUUGUUGGAGUGUUUGUUCUUAUUAUCCUCAUUCCUUCUGUUGCCACUGAGAGAGCUAGUGUCAAAUAUGUCUUCACCCACUUCAACACUGAUAAUGAGCAGGUUUCUUCUCAUUUUUCCUUAAUUGAUGUCCAAGAGAUGGAUGCAAUAGUGUCAAGUUUUAAUGCUUUUGAAACUAAGGAAGCAGGCCCACUAAUUCUAACAUGGGCAGUGUUUCUUUGUCUGAUUUCAUCACUUCUGGGAAAAGAAGAAAACAAUGUUCUACUGGAGAUUGAUCAUAUUAGCUAUGUUCGUCAAGCUUUUGAAGCUGCAUCUUUGAGAUUUUUUCUUGAGAUCCUCGAGAGUGACUUAUUAAAUGAGUCAGAUGAAUCACUUUGCAGUCAAUUUUGGGACAGAGAAAGUUUUGUUGAUGGUCUUAUUCGAUGUCUUCUUUGUAGCCUAGAAGGUGAAUUUCCCUUUAGGACUGUGGAACUUAUUCGCCUCUUAUCAUCCUUAUUUGAAGAAACUUGGCCAGCAGAAUGUGUGCAAGUUUCUUUAUUUCUUUGCAUUGGGUUGAGGAUUCUACAGUAAUUUAUGUACGUUUGUAAACACUACACUGUACUAUAUCAGCGUAAUUGAUUGCGAAUAUGUAUCACUGUUUUGUAAUUACUUGUUAGUGCCCAAAUAACUUAAGGGUUAGAGUUUAGUACCUGUUUGAGCUCCA